UUUAUUCCGUUCAGUAAGUGACUGACGCCAUCUUGGUACAAACAAUGAGCAACAAAAAGCUGAAACCCGAGGAACCGGUCGAAGAAGUAAAUGAAUUUUCCGUGGAGAAAAUUUUGGACAGCAGGGUAGUCAACGGCAAGGUUGAAUACUUUCUCAAGUGGAAAGGUUAUUCUUCGGAAGAGAACACCUGGGAACCGGAAGAAAAUCUUGAUUGCGAUGAUCUGAUUCAAGCGUUUAAAGAGUCCCGUAAAAAGAAAGAAGCCAAAGAAGAAAGUUCUGGAAGGAAGAGCAAGCUAAAAGACGCAACUGAUGAUUCUAAGGUUGUUCCUGCUAAGCGGAAAAGUACGGGAGAAAAGAAAAUGGGAUUCGAUCGGGGCUUGGUCCCGGAAGAGAUUAUCGGCGCAACGGAUGACCACGGAAAGCUGAUGUUUUUAAUGAAAUGGAAAAAUGCUGCAAACGCUGACUUGGUACCCGCCGAACAAGCCAACAUUAAAUGUCCACAAAUUGUGAUCAAAUUUUAUGAAUCGAGACUAACAUGGCAAACGGCAGACUCAAGAACUGACACGCGAGGAGAUUAGGGAGU